GAAAUAAAGGAAAGGGUUAAAAUCAUCCAAGAGCACACUUAUCUUCGGAGAGACCUCUCAAAUACCUUCUCCAUUAAAUCAGCCUGUUGCGUAUUCACAGAAUUUAUGCAUAUUCAUAUUUCUCUAUAAACUAGCUUACCUAUUCCAUUUCGCAUGGUCCCUCCUUGGUCUUGGUUUUGAGAGUACGCGUGUUUCUUGGCUGUGGUUUUGGUCCGUUCUCUUUGUCACUUCCAUGUUGGGCCUUGAUCCAUGCUUCCUUCAGACGGCAGAUGCUGAUAGUUGGCAUAUCAAUAGCAGGAUCCUCAGGACAUGUUCACUGGAUGUUAUCCCGACUAAAGAGACAGCUCACUCUUAAUGAUAUCAGCUACCACUACUACCAUGUCUAAGUUUUUGUUAAUAGCAGAAAUAAAAGCAAAGUUAUUUUAACAUUGUACACGUAGCAUUCAUCUUAAUAUUUGUGAAAAUACAACAAUAUAAUAUGUAUUUAUAACAUAUCCAAACGAAACCACCCCUGGUACAACUUGAGGCCACUUCCCCUUAUCCUGUCCCGUGUUCGCUGGGAGCAGAGCCUAACCUGUCUGCACUCAGUGUUUAACAUUUUUCUCUCUCAGUUAUGGCAAAGCCAUAAAGGCUAACUGAUCCCAAAAUCCUGCACGCCCUUAUUCUCAUAACAGCUAUCAUCUCUCCAGGGGUGGGCGGGUAAGGUCACUGACCCAGCAGAAAAGUAAUACUACUGUAAAAGUUUGCUGGCAGCGGUUAGCUGAAGCAGGCUCGCGCAGGGCUGCGGCCGCAGGGCCAGCCCCAGGACGGGGUCCGGCGGCUCUGAUCCGCUGCCAGGGGCUGCCAGCAGCUGGCAGGACUGAGCCUUUAAGCCAGGCGUGAACGAAGAGAGACGUUUUAACAUCUCAUUUGGGGGCACUAGCAGAGAUGAGAGCAGCUCAGAGCACUGUCCGCUGCAGUUUCAGAGGCAAUGGCCCCGCUGUGGCCCCUGCCCGCCGCCGGAGCACGGCUGGCACGGCAGCCACCAUCCCCCGCAGGGACCGAGCUGGUGCUUCCAGGGCUGGAGGGGACCUGUGGGGACGGCAGCGCUGCCUCCUGUGAGGCUUCUCCUCCAUGCUCUGGCACGGGUGUGACCAGCCACGCCAGGGCUGUGCUCCGGGACGGGACAGACGGGUCUGUGCCCUAAGGUGAAGCCGCUCCUGGCGGCCCUGCAGCGCCGCUGCCCCGAAAGGGUUACGAGAAGGGCUCCGCCCUUCCUGUACAUCGGUGUCCGCUUGGGUGACCUUCCCGGCAGCCCUUGCUGGCUCUGCCCCAACCGAACAAAGACGACAGGAGGUUUUCAAACAGCCGCUUCCCUGAAAGUUGGCUGCGGUAGAGCUGGGCUGCGCUGGCUGCUCCCGGCCGCCGGAGAACGCGGCAGCGAGUUGGUGCCGUCGCCUGAGAGGACCCCGGCAGCCGUCGGGAGUCCCUGUACAGGACGGUGUCCUCCCCAGACCCAAGGGCAGGCUCUGCAGCACCAGCAGUUCCCACGUGGAGUUUCUACAGUUCUGCUUGCCGUGACCUUUUGGGCCACCAGGGAGACACAGUGGAGUCCUGCCAGCCUCGUGCGAUGACCCAUCACUUGCCAGGACUCUCUCCAGGCUUCCUGAGACACUGAGUUGCUGCUUCUGAUUCCUCACUGCUGCUGGCAGGGUGGGAUUGAUAUCCAGUUCAGGACACUGGGAAGAGCCAAGCCCAUCACCAUCCUCUGUGCCCUUGGCAGACUGGGGGACCAAGCUGGACCCCUCUCUCUAAAGGGGCUCCACGUGAGCGAGGGACAGGCGUGGGGCUGUCCAUAUUCACUCUGGUGGGAAGAGCCACCUCCUUCACCCUUUCCACCUGGGAACUGUGUCACUGCUGGGGAUGGCACCACAUGGACUCAGAGCAAGGACCAGGAGCCUGGCAGCAAGGCACUAGCUGAGCCUGAGCACCAUCACGGGGCAUAGAGCUGCCUGGGGGGUGCCAGCAUCCCCACCACGGAUGCACUCCGGGGAUGUAGGUGCCGGGCACAGGAGGAGUCCCGGCAGCAAUGGGCCGGCUGGAUGACCAUGCCAAGAGGAGGAUCGUGGAGCUGCGCAGGGCUGGGCUGAGCUUCCGCAAGAUCAAGAAGGUGCUGGAGCUGGAUGACAUCCGGGUGACGCCGCAGGCCGUGUACCUCUUCCUCAAGAGGAAGAGUGUGGAGCCGGGGUCAGUGGCACCUGGCUGGGAUGGGGACCAGCCCUGGCCCCCGCUGCAGGGGCAUGAGGCUGAGCCCCCCAGGCUGCUGGGCACCCAGCACCCUGCACUGCCCACCGGGGAUCCUAUGGGCAGCCAGGCGCCCUGCAGUGCUGGCAGCCAGGACACCAAGGAAGGCAUCCAGAUUGUCAGUGUGGCCUCACUCCGCAAGGACGGUGGGCAGCUUGGGGACACUGUGGCUACGGGGCUGGCCCCUGGAAAUGGUGAUGACAGCUCCUCAGGCACAGCCCUGGCUCCAGGGACUGCUCUGGGGGGCCUUGCCCCCCUGCCCCAGCCACUGCCCAGCCGAGGGCAGCUGGUCAUGCCUCCCACCCAGAACUCAGCCCUGAUGGUGAAAAAGAAGACAGUGGACAGGGCUAUCCUCUUGCAGAAAAAGGUCAAAGAUGCCAGCACUCAGACUGCCUUGCCAAACUCUGUGGAUCCAGAAAAUCGCAGCCUUGCUUGGGACGGACCAGUGCCCCCAGCUGCUCCCAGCUGCCCUGCCAUCACCGAGAAGCUGGAUGCUGUACAGAUGGAGGUGCAGAAGCUGAGCCAGGCCCUGCAUGCGGUGCUGGAGCGGCAGUGCCGCCUGGAACGCCAGCAGGAGCACCAGCAGCGGCUGCAGCAGGAGGUGCUGAUGACACUGCAGCAGCUCAGCUCCACCAUGAGCCACGGCGCUGUGCCAGCCACCCAGUCCUGCGGCCCCUUCAGCAGCAUGGCCGAGCCCUCACCCAGCAUGCCAAACUUCAGCCAGUUCAAGAUGGAGCUGAUGUGAGCCCCCACAAGGCCUGUGUGCGGCAGCAGUACUGUGCUAGUGGAAGAACUGUCUCUCAGAGGCUGCCAAGGAUUACAUGCAGCACCCAGCAGAACGUCCCUGGUGCCUCAUGUUCCCAGCCCUGCUGACUGGAAGGGACUGCCUGGCACAAGAGGCUGGACAGUGGAAGACUGAGGCCUUGCUCCUCCUGUGCUGCUGAUCCUGUGGCACUGGAGCUGACUGGGGCCCAUGGACCUCAGCAGAAGGCAGUUGCCUGCAAGGAGAAGAUGCAGCUAACGUGGACACAGAAGGGAGGUGGGACUCCAAGGAUACAGGAAGCUUCCUUCCCAUGAGGGUCAAUGCCAUGAAGAUCAAUCUUGCCCUCCCCUCCACAGAAGCUUGUUCAGUAAAAAUGUGUUUAUGCCAUG